AUGAAAGGACGACAAGGACGUUAUGCCGAAUUAUCUUCCAAACCAUGCAGUUAUUCCAAUAACUUGGCGAAUGCCCGCCCGCCAAAUGGCAAAGUGUCAAGCCCCAUCAAACUGAAGAUUCAAAAUGCUAUCAACAAAGCCCUGCAAGGAGAAAUCGAAGAUUCUGGUGUAAUUGUCGUCGGAGGACGGAGAAGAAACAGAAAAAGAAGGCCCAACAAAAACAAACCCACUAAAAAUGGGGGCCAACCCAAAAAGAACAAGAAAAACAAGAAAUACAAUGGCGGUAGUAACUCGGACAGCUCGGACAAAGAGAACGGUCACUCAUUUAACAUCUAUGCAGCCAUCACCAAAGAUGACAAUACGUCAAUCUCUCUCUCUCUCUUCCCCUCUCUCUCUCUUCCCCUCUCUCUCUUCCUUUCUCUCUCUCUCUUCCCUCCUCUCUCUUCCCUCCUCUCUCUUCCCUCCUCUUUCUUCUCUUCUCUCUCUUCCCUCCUCCCUCUUCUCUCUCUUCCCUCCUCUCUCUUCUUUCCCUUCCCUUCUCUUUCUUCUUUUCUCUCUCUUACCUUCUCUCUCUUCCUUUCUCUCUUCCCUUCUCUCUCUCAUUCUUUCUCUCCGCUUCUCUUCUUUCUCUCUUUCCCACUCUCUCUUCCCUUCUAUCUUUCCCCUCUCUUCCUCUCAUUCUUACUCUAUUUAUAUCUCUAUAUGAUAAUAUAUCUUUCCAUCAUCCACAGUCUCUUCAUUUCUCUCUCGCUUACUUUCACUGUUCCGCUCUCUUUCACCUUCUCAGACUGUUCAUCUCUCUUUCUCACUCAUUCUUUCUAUUCGUCUCUCUUUCUAUCAUUCUCAGACUGUUCAUCUCUCUUUCUCAUUCAUUCUUUCUAUCCGUCUCUCUUUCUAUCAUUCUCAGACUGUUCAUCUCUCUUUCUCAUUCAUUCUUUCUAUCCGUCUCUCUUUCUAUCAUUCUCAGACUGUUCAUCUCUCUUUCUCAUUCAUUCUUUCUAUUCGUCUCUCUUUCUAUCAUUCUCAAACUGGUCAUCUUGA